AUGGACCGCGGCCAGCCCAGCGCGGAGCCCGGGGCCGCGGAGCCCGGGGCCGCGGAGCCCGUGGCCGCGGAGCCCGGGGCCGCCGCUCCCCGCGCCCCGGGCAGGAGCGUGAUGGCGCCGCUGCGCGCCGUGGUCCGCCUGCGCCGCCGCGUGUGCCUCCAGCGCAAGCGGCGCCCCCUGACGCCGGACGCGGGGGCCCCGGCGUCUCGCGCGGGCGCGGAGCAGCCGAAGUUCUUCACCUUCGACGGCCCCGCCGAGCUGGCCUCCAGGGCGCCGCCGCCGCGCAAGAAGCGCCGGCGCAGCCGCGUGGUGCUCUACCCGGACUCCGCGCGCCGCGCCCGGCCGCGCGCCGAGCACCGCAGCCGCGCGCAGAGCUGCCUGCUGCUGCUCGUGGCCAUCGUGGGCUUCCAGGUGCUCAACGCCAUCGAGAACCUGGACGACAACGCGCUGCGCUACGACCUGGACGGGCUGGAGAAGGCGCUGCGGCGCGCCGUGUUCGGCCAGCCGGCCGCCGUGGCGCGCGUCGUGGCGCUGCUGCGGGACUACCUGUCCACGCACGUGCACAGCCGGCCGCUGCUGCUGGCGCUGCACGGGCCGAGCGGCGUGGGCAAGAGCCACGUGGGCCGCCUGCUGGCGCGCCACUUCCGCGCGGCGCUGGAGGACGGCGCGCUGGUGCUGCAGUACCACGCGCGGCACCACUGCCCCGCGGCGCGCGCCCCGCAGGCCUGCCGCGAGGAGCUGGCGCGCCGCGUGGCCGCCGUGGUGGCGCGGGCCGAGGCGGAGGAGAAGACGCCGCUGCUGGUGCUGGACGAGGUGGAGCAGAUGCCGCCGGCGCUGCUGGACGAGCUGCACGGCCUCCUGCAGCCGCAGCGCCCGCCGCGCUUCCGCAACGCCGUCUACGUGCUGCUGAGCAGCGCGGGCGGCGCCGAGGUGACGCGCUUCGUGCUGCAGAACGCGUCCCGCGCGCCCGCCGCGCCCGCCGCCCGCGCCCGCGCGCCCGCGGAGCAGCGGCGGGAGGAGGAGGAGCUGCGCGCCGCGCUGCAGGCGCUGCUGGCGCGCGCGCACCCGCUGUGGCAGGCGGCGGCCGUGGUGCCGCUGCUGCUGCUGGACAAGCGCGACGUGGUCAGCUGCUUCCGGGACGAGAUGGCCGGCGAGGGCUUCUUCCCCGAGCAGGCCCGCGCCGAGCGCCUGGCCGAGCAGCUCAGCUACUACCGCGUGGCGGGCCGCGAGUUCGCCGUCACCGGCUGCAAGCAGGUGGUGGCCCGCGUGAACCUGCUGUAG